UCAAUCAGGAGUAGUCAUAAAGUACAUGAGACUCCACCAUCCCAGCAUUUACCUCACAGCCAUAGUAAUGCUCAGCAAGCACAGGAGAAAGACAAGGAACGCUCUGACUCAGGAAGUGAGGAAGAAUGCCAUGCUAUAGAGGCUCGCUUUGAAAAAUACUUAUACUCAUUUGGGCAGUCACGGGGCCAAAACCAGAGUGUGGAGCCACAGUGUGGCGGUGGAAGCAGAAGCAAUGGGAGGCCAUACAGCACCCUAUGGCAGAGUGUGGCGAUGGAGACAGCAGCAAUGGGAGGCCGUACAGGGACCCAUGACACACUCUGGACCUGGCAGCAGCAUGAGGAGGCGGUACAGGGGCCCAUGGCAGAGUGGCGAAGCGUAAGCAGCUUAAAUUGAAGGCCAUACAGAGGCCUAUGUUAAAAAGUCCCCCCAGCAGCAGUGUGGGGAGACAACUAUCAAGAGUCCAAUGGCAGAGUGGCGGAGCAGAAGCAGCUUCAAUUGAAGGCCAUACACAGGCCUAGGUUAAAAAGUCCCCCCAGCAGCAGCGUGGGGAGACG